AUGUCAGCUGGAGGAGAUCUGGGGAAUCCUCUGAGGAAAUUUAAACUCGUAUUUUUGGGAGAACAGAGCGUGGGGAAGACGUCUCUGAUCACCAGGUUCAUGUAUGACAGCUUUGACAACACAUACCAGGCAACCAUAGGAAUCGACUUAUCAAAGACGAUGUACCUGGAAGACCGAACAGUCAGGCUUCAGCUGUGGGACACUGCUGGACAGGAACGCUUCAGGAGCCUCAUUCCCAGCUACAUACGAGACUCUACAGUAGCUGUAGUUGUUUAUGAUAUCACAAAUGUGAAUUCAUUUCAGCAAACCUGCAAAUGGAUUGAUGAUGUCAGGACAGAGAGAGGAAGUGACGUCAUUAUCAUGCUUGUGGGCAACAAGACAGAUUUGGAGGAGAAGAGACAAAUUACCAUUGAGGAGGGAGAGCAGAGAGCCAAAGAACUGAAUGUGAUGUUCAUUGAGACCAGUGCCAAGACGGGCUGCAAUGUCAAACAGCUAUUUCGCCGCGUUGCAGCAGCAUUACCUGGAAUGGAGAGCUUGGACGAUGCAAACCCUGAAGGCAUGAUCGACAUCAAGCUGGACAAACCAGCAGAACCUUCCGUCCCCGAGGGCGGCUGCUCUUGUUAA